AUGUUCGGACUUAUAUUUUCGCUACUGGAUACAAACCUCUUUUGGAUCAUACAGCAACCACCGAGUGAACGGGAUUGGACGGUAGAUCGAACGGUGUCAGCGAUCGGACGGUUGCACGACGGUACGUGGGCAGCUGAGAGUCCACGCCACUUCUAUGUGAUCGCUGGCGCGACCUAUGUGUAUUUACCAAGCUGGAGUUCCAUGCAGGUGGAAUUGGUAGACAAGACAUUGCCGCACGCAGAGUUUCGAUUCUCGGACAUGCAAAACGAUAUUGGAUUGUUCAGGAGAGCAAAACCUUGUAAACCACCGUUGGCCUCGCACUGUCAACCGUGCCCGCUUUUGCAGCUCAAGAGACCACUUUACAGAAACGCGUACGUCCAAUACGUCGCACUUCCGCCGGUGUACCUUGCGGAUAUGUUCCAGAUAUACACGGAGGAUUGUGUCGCGAUCGGAUGGGGUCGACACAUACCUGAUUCAAGCCAAGGAAGCGGCACACAUUUGCGGCACGUUCGAAUCCCAUUAAUUUCACCUGACAAAUGCCCCAUGCUGAAUGUACAUAAAGAAAAGCAGUUAUGCGCUGGUUUACCGGAAGGUGGUCGUGACGCCUGCAAGGGCGACAGCGGUGGACCAUUGCUAUGCAAUGGAACGCAGGUCGGUAUUGUCUCCUGGGGCGCGGGAUGCGCUCGUCCGAAUGCACCAGGUGUUUAUUCUCGAGUGGAUUUUUAUCUACAAUGGUUAAAUAAGACUAUUGUUGAAAAUAGAGCUGCCAAAUCCUCCCAGAACAUAAUAACAAUUAUUCUCGCGUCUUACUGCUCGUAUAUCGUAUUUAUAUAAGGUGCUAAUUAUCGUUUAUGUUAAAAGGCAAACUUGUAAUUUUAUAUUUCUUAUUAUUAUGCAAUGUAUCAUUGUUACGUUCACUGAAGAUGCCAAGUUAGUUAUUUAUCUCUAAGUUAGUUAUUUAUGUUGUAUAAAUCAAACGUUAGUUUGUAAAAAUUUAGUGAUUUUUAACUGUUAGUUUCAAAUGUACCAAGUGGCUUUAAAAAAGUUAUACAUAUCGCUGUUUCAUAAAAAUCUGUUUAGAAUCUACAUUAUUUACUGGAAGGAAGAGAGAUUAAGUCUUAGUAAAAUUUAUAAUUAAAAAUUCU